UCAGAGUUGCGCGUUGUGCGCCAUUGUGAGAUUCGCGCGGCGAGCGUUCUUUGUGUGACGAUUGUGGUCUGUCAAAGGUUGCGUCCCGUAAAUAAGUACGCCUAAUAGUUGUCAGGUGCCCGAGAUUAUUGCCAAGAGUUCUCAGUGAUAGUCGCAUGUCAGUCCAGAAUCUUCAGAGUGUUGAUCCCUUUGCUGCUGCAAGUGAGGGACUCAAUGAAGGCGCGCAGGGUGGACUGAUUCACAUCCGCAUCCAGCAGCGGAACCGGCGGAAGACCCUCACCACUGUCCAGGGUCUUCCAGCGGAAUAUGACCUGAAGAAAAUCGUGAAAACAUGCAAAAAGGAGUUUGCGUGUAACGGCACGGUGAUCGAGCACCCCGAGUACGGCGAGGUCCUGCAGCUGCAGGGCGACCAGCGCGAGAACAUCUGCCAGCUGCUCACCAAGUACGGCCUGGCCACCAGCGCCCAGCUGAAGGUGCACGGCUUCUAGGCCGCGUCGCCGCCGAUGCGGCAGCGCCACUCCGGGCGCCGUCGGCCGGGCCUCUCGCGCCGCCCCUGGCCGGGCAGGCGCCACACUCGGCGCUUUUAACGUUGCACCGCUUCUUUUAUUCGAUGUUCGUUGCCUGGUACUUCCGGUUUGUGAGGCGCGUCGCAUGUCUCCUGGUUGUGGCGCGAUGAGCUAAUAAAUGGACGGUAUCGGGUGAGAUUCUCA